CCGUGCUGCUACUUUUUUUCUAGAUUGCUGGCUAGAUCUUGUGUAGAUGUCAUUACGCAACUUCUUUUGAAUUAAAUAAAUAAUUUGAAUUCGAAUACGUACUUGGCAGUUGAUGGAUUGAGUGUAAGCCUUGAAUAACCGUUAGGUUGCACACGAUGAAAUACACGCUGAAUAUUUCUGGUAAAUUUUCAGUUGUGUCUCACGGUCAGUGAAUUACGGAAUUCAUAAAUAAUGCUUAUGGAUUGUCUAAAGUUGAUCAUUCGUACGGACCCCUAUCACCGCGUUAUUCGAUUGUCUUUCAAAAAUGGCGACCCUGAACUGUAGAGUAGUGCGUCCAACCUAAUAAGUGACAGUUCAGCUAUAAAAGAUUAUGAGGGAACUUGCGGGCAGAUUUGAACAAGAAUCAAAGAAUCGGGGGGAUCAAUCAUCGGCGGAAGGGAUUAUGUAAAGUUUGUGUGACACUUAACGAAAUGUCUAACAGAUAACAUUGAUUAAAGUUAUUAUUGAGACUCCGCGUUCCACUCAGUGCGUCGAUUAUCUUGCUCUAAAACACGAUUGUUCUAAUUGUUUGUUUACUUGAGUGCUGUCAACGGAUUCAGACCUUUUGCUCUUCGAUUAAUUUAGCUACUGUUGUAAAACUGCUGAAAUUACAAUCACGUCAGUGCCAAAUAACGAAUGUGGUUUCAACGAUUUACAAGAAUGCAACAUUCUACAUCGUUCUCACACCUCUUUGUGAUUUAUAAAAAUUGUGCUGUGCAUAGACCAAAUGACUUCAUUGAGCCAACAACAAUUAACCAAUUACGAAACACAGGAACGGAUGUAGUGGGGCACCUCUGUAUUUUAUCUCCAAAUGAAUGAAGUUCAAGGUCCAGACUAAGCUGCCAUGGAGGAUUACACGCCAGUUGACGAAGAUUUUCCAGGACGUCUCCUGCACCAAGCUGCUUUGUGGGAUAAUGCUGAACUUUUAGAAGAUCUGUUACGUGGAGAACAUGCCCAAUAUAUAAAUAGCCAAGAUUCGUGGGGUCGUACGUCUUUGCACGCAGCAGCUAUUACGGAGAAUUCGCGAUGCCUUGCUUCUCUUCUAGUGGCAGGUGCAAAUGCAAAUAUUCCAUGUGGUCCUCGUGGGCAUUUUCGCACCCCGUUGCACAUUUGCGCUGAACAUGGGCAUGUCUCUAAUAUAGAAAAGCUUCUUGAAUACGACGCUGACUUAUCAAUUAAAGACAGCAAUGGACUGGAGCCUUUAGAUAUAGCUGAGAAAAGUGAGCACACAACUUGUAUCAGUCUACUUAAAUUAUCUGCUGAGAGACACGAACUCAAACGAUUAGCUACUCACGCUUCCUUACGAGCAGUUUGUUUGCAGGGAGACACAAUAGCUGCUAGAAGUAUUGUGCAAUCAUUAUCCAAUGAUCUCGAAUUUAUUGUCAACAUGGCCCCUAAUGGUGCAAACACCUUGUUAUUCAUUUCGUGUGAAAUGGGCCACAAAGAUAUUGUAAGAUUGCUUCUUGAUCAUGGGGCCGAUUGCAGGAUGCAUCCUGUUACCAAGUAUUGUCCUCUGUACAUUGCCUGUUAUAAUGGAAAGCUCGAAAUUGUUGAGCUACUUUUGAAACAGUUUCCCAAACAAAUACAAUCUCUUACAGUGGAGAAAUGGUUACCCAUUCACGCCGCUGUUAUAAACGGCCAUUUUUCUAUUGUUGAGCUAUUGCUGAAGUUUGAGUAUCCCCAGCAUUUAUAUCAAAGAUAUAAAGACCAAAGCGGAGAGUUUGAGUAUGAAAUGGCAUUUGAUAUCAAUACACGAGAUGUUACGGGGCAAAAUGUUCUUUAUAUUUCUAGUAUGUUGGGCAACACUAAAAUUGUAGAUUUACUCUUAAGUUAUAAAGUUAAAGCUAGAAAAGUCAGAGAGGAUGAAGCGAAUGAUGUUCAGCCUCUUCCAACAUCUAAACGUAGAAUUUCAAGUGGUAUUCAAAGGCUUAUGUCUAGUUUAAAUUUUAGAACUAAAUCACUGGAGAAAAAAGAUGAAAAUACAGUGUCCCCAUUAAAUAUAGAUUUAUAUUGUUAUAACGAUACCGAGACUGCUCUACAUGCUGCAGUUAAAGCUAGGCAUGUUGAUGUUGUGGGGGCAUUGUUGCUAUCUGGAGCUAAUCCUAACUUGCCGGUGAAAGUUCCAUACGAUCAAAGUGAUACUGAGUUUAAUUAUUCUACCGUGUUAACGAUAGCCUGUACGAAUCGGGAUAUUAAAAUUGCUGAUCUUCUUCUCAAACAUGGUGCUGUAGAUAACGAAUGCCAGGCAUUGAAAAUAGCUGCACAGAAUCGAGAUGAAGCUUUAACAGCCAAAUUAUUGUCCAUAAAAGCUCAUCCAGAUUCAGAAUAUAAAAUUAAUAAGAAAGCCAUGACGGACAAUACACAGUCAUCCCAUUUUUCAGCUCUCUCAAAUUUUGGGAACGUCACUUAUUCAGCACUGUUUCCAAAUGUUGCCACUAUGAUAAAUUGGCAUAAUCAGCAAUGUAGAUUGUCUCAGAUUAGAUCCCAGUGGCUUGUCGACGCAGUUUUACACGUAAAUAAGAAAUUAAAUGCCAAGAAUAAUGAUUUGAUAUUGUACGCAAUUACCAGGAUAGAUAUUUCUCAUAAUUCAAUAACUUCUGUACCCUCUAUUAUAUUCCAUCUCCAAAGCUUGAGGUACCUCAAUAUGGCACAAAAUAAGAUAGAUAUGCUUACAAUUGAGCUAAAAACGUCCAAGGAUAAACUCUGCCCUGUUCUAGAGGAAAUGUAUUUGCAAGAUAAUCGAUUAGAGCAGCUUCCGGAAUUCAUUUUCGACUUACCAGCUCUAGAAAUUAUGGAUGUUUCAAACAACAAACUGCAAUGCUUGCCAAAUAAUUUGUGGAAAGCACCGAGAUUAAAAGAAUUGAAUGCAUCGUUUAAUUUAUUGAGGGACUUGCCUAGUCAAGUUUCCCAAAAUAUUGUCCGAAAAUCUCAAGGAGAAGAUUCUUUAACGAGUAGUCCUAGUAGUAGGAGUUUAGCUAGUCAAUUCGGGUUACAGCGAGAUGAUUCUAUGGAAUUUGAGUCAUUCACUAAAAUUGCUAAUGCGCAAAUUAUCGAAAUGAAUUGCCCCCAUGUUUGGACUGGUUCUGUACAGGUCUCUGAAAAACUAUCCGAUGGUUCCGAAUCUGGGGCCAGAUCCGUCCUUGCUUCGCUUAACUUAGCACAUAAUUUAUUCAACAGUAUACCAGUUUCAUUGCCUUGUUUAGCUGUUAGUUUAGUGAGAUUGAAUAUGGCGUAUAACUCAUUGAGAUCUAUGAGUCACAUUACUUCGUAUCCAGCUAGUUUGAAGCAGCUCGAUCUCUCGAAUAAUCAGAUUUCCUGCUGGCCUAGCUUGCCUCAAGUAGAUGGUGCGGAUUCUAUGGAGCAGGCUGCGACUGCUUGCUACUGUCCUGCAACAAACAUUCAAACACCAACCGGUCCUGGUAAUAGGCAGACUGCAACUUCUCUCCGUGAUGUUGUUUUGAUGUCUGUAUGUACGCAUAGAAGGCAUCUGAGACUUGAAAAUUUGAGAACUUUGGUCCUGGCAAAUAAUUUACUGACCAGAAUACAACUGACAUCAAUCGAUGAUGGAGAACCCCCAAAUUUUGAGGAAGACAGUGUUGACAAAGACACAAAAAUGACUUAUUCAGGAUCAAAAUUGUAUUUAUUAUUUCCGAACGUCAGUAUGCUGGAUGUUAGCAAUAAUCAACUCAGAGAAAUACCCUACAAUAUUCAUGAGCUCAGCAAUCUUUCUGUAUUAAAUAUAAAUGGUAAUAACGAAAUUGUGGAAUUGCCUCCACAAAUGGGCUUACUUUCCAGACUGUGGAAUCUCAAUACCCAGGGUUGUAAGCUGCAGGAACCUCUCAAGUCCAUGAUAGAAUCAAAGAAAUAUAAAACCAUGGAUGUUAUUGGCUAUCUGAAGUCCGUCUUGGAAGAUGCAAAGCCCUAUGCAAGGAUGAAGUUAAUGAUUGUUGGAAUACAGGGAAUUGGCAAGACUAGUUUGCUUGAACAACUACGUCAGGAAGGGGAAGUGCCAAAUAAAAAAAAAGCCUCUGAGCACUGGGCCAAGAGAAUGGGAAAUAAAAAUAUCAAUGCAAAAACAGCUCGAGGAACAACAAUUUCUACCGUAGGUGUAGAUAUUGGCGAUUGGUUGUACGAAAAAAAAGUCAGAGGUCAAUCUUCUCAUGGCCCAGUUUAUUUCAGGACUUGGGAUUUUGGUGGGCAGAAAGAAUAUUAUGCUACUCAUCAAUACUUCCUGUCAAAGCGCAGCUUAUACUUGGUAGUGUGGAGAAUCACAGAUGGCUUUAAAGGUGUUUCGGAGAUAUUCCAAUGGUUGGUGAAUAUUCAAAGUCGCGCUCCAAAUUCACCUGUUAUUAUUAUUGGAACUCACUAUGAUAUUUCAUAUGACCAAAGUGAGGCUCUUCAGCAGUAUAUACGUGAAAAAUUCAUCAACGUUGUAGAUGCAGAAAAAUGUGGCUUGCCCAAAGUUAUGGAGACUAUAGAAAUUAGUUGUAAAACGAGGCACAACAUCAAAAUGCUCUGUAAUUUAAUAUACGAUAUCGUUUUCAAUCUGAGAUCACCAGGAAGCAAAGAGUUAUUAUUAGAACAAAGAGUUCCAGCUAGUUAUCUCGCUCUUGAAGAUGUCGUUGUACAGCUUGCUCAUGACAGAAAAUUAUCCGGAGCAGAUCCUGUUUUAAAAGCUGAUCAAUAUUAUGCAGCAGUAAAUAAUGAACUACAAAAACUUCAUAGAUCUUUUCGAGACCCUGCUGAAUUACACCAAGCUACUUUAUUCUUACAUGAUAACGGAAUUAUUCUGCAUUACGAUGAUGCUACUUUAAAAGACCUAUAUUUUUUGGAUCCACAAUGGCUCUGCGAUAUGUUGGCUCACGUUGUAACGAUUAGAGAAAUCAAUCCGUUUGCUCGUUCUGGAAUUAUGAAGCUAGAUGACAUACAGCACGUUUUCAAAUCCUCAACUAUCUCGACUAUAGAUACACAGGGAUAUAUCGUUAGUUUGUUAAAUAAAUUUGAGGUAGCUUUAACAUGGGAUUAUCGAACCCUUUUGAUACCUUCUUUGUUGCCUACGGAAGAUGAUAUCCUGAGGAAUAAUCAGGUGGUAAAAAUUCCAGUGAAAACACGCGGCUGGCAUGUACGCUCUAAAAAAAUAACAUCUCCAAUGUUUUCAUUCCCCGGUGCAUCUGGUGAAAAAAUGAACACAGAAUGUGUUCUCACUUCGCGAUCUCAGCCUGACUGUUCUGUAAUCAGAUUAUUAUUGAUGUCCUAUUUUCCCAGUGGAUUUUGGUCUAGAUUAAUUACACGAAUCUUAGCUGAUGACACUAUCGUCGAAAUAGUCAUGUCUUUCUUGACACCAUUCAAAGAUUUUGUAGAUGAAAGAAUUUUCACAAGUUUACUAGAAACGCAGGCCGAAUGGAUUUUAUGGCAAACAGGUAUAGAGCUGAGAUAUGCAGGGAUCACAUUAUUACGUUUGAAAGAAGUGAACUACAGCUCUAAAAACUCUCCAUACGACUACAGACACUAUAAAUUCAAGCUCAAGCAAGACGGGAUCUGGUGCACUGUAGAUCUCAAAAGUUCUGCCAUUCUUGAGAUUUGGUUUCCUGUAGACACUUUGGUUGUAAAACAACCAAUAAUGUCUGAGUCUAUGGAGGACGAGCCCAUGGGUUACCAAGCAAUUGUGGUAGAACCUAGACCAGAAAGUAUGCCUCAGCUAUUAGCAUUGAUUGUUGAUCACAUUGAUAUUUUAUUAGAAGACUGGUAUCCGACUUUAGGGACCAGAUUCGUCCAUACAUCAGAAGGAAAGUUAUUAGUUACUAGGUUGAUUCCCUGCCCAAGAUGCUUGAUCAAUAAUGGGGAGAGCGACAUAGAAUCUAGUGGUACAGAGCAUCUGCCUGAAGAUAUUCAACGUUAUUACAUGAAUCGAGAGAGGCAAAGUCAGGACAGUUACAAGUCUGAUGGAGAUAGCGGUGUCGGAUAUGAUAGCUCAGCAUCCAGCCGAAUCCCCUCACUAGAAGGGCAUCCAGAUAUUUCAAAACUAAAUGCAAACUUGGAAGGAACUUUGGCUUACUCUUGGAUGGUAGAAGAAUGUAUUUUGUCAGCUUACAGCAACAAGUCCAUUAAUUGUCCCAAGCACUGUGAAAUUCCACUAUCCCACAUAGCCCCAGAUAUAAUAUUUAUGGAUCUGGGUGCCAAACAUCUUAUCAAGUCAGAUGAAAUAAAGCGAGGGAAAAUGCUGGGUCGAGGAGCCUUUGGAUUUGUUUUCAAAGGUAACUGUCGUCUGCCUGGUACACAUAUCAAAACAGAUGUUGCUAUGAAAAUGCUACAACCAGUUCCUCCAGGCCCAAAUUCCAAGCAGUCAGCUAUAUUGGCUUACAAAGCUGCUCAAAGCAAGUGGGACAGAGAUCCCUUGCAAUAUGCUUGCAAGGCAUACUGCACCGCAAGGCAAGAAUUGAAUAUUCUUCUGACCUUAAAACAUGCUAACAUUGUACCUCUGGUUGGGAUCGUUAUCAGUCCUCUGGCCUUGGUUCUGGAUCUAGCACCUGAAGGAGCUCUGGACAAUGCACUCAAAAACUAUAGACGAUCUGGGGCAAAAUUAGAUCCUUAUACUUUACAAUCCAUUAUCCUGCAGGUUGCUAAAGCAGUUGAAUACCUUCAUCAGCAACAUGUUAUUUAUCGGGAUUUAAAAUCUGAAAAUGUUUUGGUUUGGCAAUUGCCUCUUCCGUUUCAGGACUAUAUAGAUCACCCAGUUCAUGUCAAAGUUGCAGAUUAUGGGAUUUCCAGAUUAACAUUACCCUCAGGUGCAAAGGGCUUUGGAGGAACAGAAGGUUUCAUGGCACCAGAGAUCAUAAAGUAUAACGGCGAGGAAGAAUACACGGAAAAGGUAGAUUCGUUUUCGUUUGGAAUGUUCAUUUAUGAACUUGUGACAUUGCGACAACCAUUCGAAGGACACGAGUCAGUUAAAGAAUGUAUUUUGGAGGGAGGUCGACCACCAUUGACUUAUAGAGAAACUCUCCAUCCGUGUUAUGCCCUUGAUUUAAUGGUCAUAUGUUGGGCCCAAAAUCCCAAAGAUCGACCUACCGCUAGCCAGAUCGUUUCCAUUGCUUCAGCUCCAGAGUUUACUCAUUUGAUUGACGUAACUCUUCUCACUGAAAGAACUCAAGUUACCGCCAUAACAACAACAAAAAAAUCGCUAGAUGAAAAUGUCAUAGGCGAUGAAAUAUGGCUUGGCCAUAAUAACGGAGAGGUUGAUAUGUUGUUGGGUACUGAAAAGGGUUGGCUACAGCAUGUGAGAAUCGAGACUCCUGUAAUACCAUAUGCAAUGUGUGGGGUAGAUGGCUAUAUCUGGAUAGGAGACAAUGUUGGACAGAUUCAUGUCUAUUUGGGUAGUAAUUUCGGAUGUGUAGCUAGCUACAAUAUGGAACCUGAUCAUACAAAAGAGUCAAAUGUAGUGGGACUUAUAAACUUAGAACAAAUUAAGCAAUUUGCAGUAGCCUUACACAGCGGAAAGCUAUUUUUACUCUCUAACUCAUUCACACAGAUGAAGAAAACCGAGAUUACCUCUGAAAUCAAAGAAAAUAUAUACUCUCUAGCAGCUAUAUUCAAAAAGCGUCGUAUCAUAGAGCUAUGGACUGGAGAAAGCUUUGGGUAUAUAUCGAUAUAUGUUUUAAAAGAUGGAAAUUUGAUUGAUACAAUCAGCUUAGCUCACUUCCCUAGUGAAGCAAUGUCUAAAACUAUAUUUGCAACAUAUUUACUGAGUAGCGAAAACUCAGUUCUAUCGUACACAUACCCAGGAUGCAUAGUUUAUCAAUGGGAUAUCGAUAUGCGCCAGAUCAUCAACAAACUAGAUAUGUCAAAGCUAGUCCCAUGUUCCGAGAGUCUGAAAUCCAUUUCUAUAGAGGAAAAUUUGACAACAGAAAAGUGCCAAGUUACUGCUAUUGAAACUUUUAUGAACCAACUUUAUAUUGGUACAACUUGGGGAUGCAUUGCAGUAGCGGAAUGUAAUUCUUUGCGACCCAUCACAGUAUUUCGACCUUUUGAAGGCAAAGUAUGCCAGAUCGUUUCUUUCAAAUCAUCAGAUAAAAAAAAAUCAGUUUUAGCCACUGUGGGACAAGGGUAUAGAAGUCUAAUUUCAAGAUAUACUGAUUAUCCGACUAAUUGCACAGAUGAAGAAGAUUUGAAACAUAACAUGUAUACUCUCCUUUGGCGAGCUGAACAUUGGUCAGCGGCUUGAACCCACUGAAAUUCUGAAAGCUGAUUUUGGCAACUAUUAUUCAAUGAGCCUUGCCGGAACACUUUUCAAGUAGUAUCUGGUCAUAUAUUUUUAAACUUGACGUUGUCCAUAGCAAUAUUUUUUUUAAAUCAACUAUUAUUCCGUUUUCCUACAUACCUAAGAAUAUAGGUAGACAUAUAAUGUGAAUAAAUUAGGAACAGUUUUGCAUUAUAAUGGAAUGGGAAUGCUUUUAUUAUUUGUCAUCAUAUAAAGUCCACUGAGGUGCUUCUUGGUAUUAUCUUAGGUUUAUAACUUAUUUACUCUACAUAAGGUUUGUUGAUAUUUGAUAGUUAGUACUGAUAUUAUCAUAUAUAUUUUAGGAAUAACCGUUCAAUUAAAUAAAUGCUGCGGUAUCUGAAGAUUAAGAGUGUACUUUAUACAUAGAUAUUUAUAAUAGGUAUUCAUUAUUGAUCUCUUAGUACUAUAUAGUUUCAAAUAUUCGAUUAAGAGUGAGAAAAAUUUUAAGAAAUCAACAUUAUAAAAGGAUUUCUGAAGCAUUUUUAAUGUAGUCUG